UGUGUGUCUGUGUGUGUGUGUGUGUGUGAGAGAGAGAGAGAGUGAGAGAGUGAAAAGGCUGAUGUCUGCUGGAGUGUGAAGGCAUGUGGAAGAGAUCUUUUUUUCGACUUGCAGUGCUACGGUCUGACAUAUGAGUCAUUUAACGGAUCCCUACGCACACAGAAUUUCAACUCCAAAAGUCCCUUUUAGCUCGUUUUCAUCGCCAUUCAUGAGUUUGUAAAGAAUACACAAUGUGCUCAAGAGAUGGCAUCUUCAGGACCUGCCUCAGAGGGAUUUACAGUUGCUCCUGGAAGCGUUCAAUAGGAACCAACCAAAAAUGUGCCUGCUGCUGGUUCAGCUUUCUCUCUCUGGUGACCAUCCUGACCCUAGGCUGGAUUUAUAUCUGUUUUGUUGCUUAUAAUGACCGUGAUGAUGUUAACUGGAAGGCCUAUACAUUUCUCAGUGUUUGGGUGAACUGGUUCAUGAUUGUUGUUAUCCUGUCUGCAGUAUUGGCUAUUUACUCCCUCCUUAUCCUGAUAUUUUCACUCGUCCACAUUUCCAUAAAAGAACCUUUGUCAUUACACUGGCUGCAUAAGGUUUUCUUAUUUGUGGGUCUGGUUAUAGCCGCACUUGGCGUAGGUGGAAUGAGCUUCAACUGGAAAGAAGAAUGGUCCACUGUCUGGUUAUCAUUGCAGGCCACAGCUCCCUUUCUGCAUUUGGCUGCUGUUGUCGCUUUGACCAUCAUCAGCUGGCUUGUGUUCCAGAGUUACUACAGAGCUCGUAAAACUGUUUCUAAGCUCUUCAUUAUUGGGGUGUUCAUGGCAGUUUUGCUGGCGGUUUUCCUCAGUCCUCUCUUGAUCCGUAGUCCAUGUCUUACUGAUACACUUCCAACGAAACCCAGGCUUGUGGGCCAUCGUGGUUCACCUAUGCAAGCUCCAGAGAACACUCUUAUGUCAUUCAGGAAAAGUGUGGAGUGCAACGUGGUGGCCUUUGAGACAGAUGUGCAGCUCAGCAAGGACAAUGUUCCUUUUCUAAUGCAUGACCAGGGUAAAAGGUUUCUGGAGAGGACAACUAAUGUGAAAGAUGUUUUUCCAAAUCGAAUGUACAACACAAGCAGUGAUUUUACAUGGGAAGAUCUACAGAAGUUAAAUGCUGGUGAAUGGUUUGUCAAGACAAAUCCAUUUUGGCCAGGGUCUUUCCUUUCGGAAAAUGACGCGUAUCUUGCUCGUAAUCAGAGCAUUCUAUCACUUAAAGAACUCCUAGAUGUUGCAAAAGAGCACAACAUUUUUAUUAUCUUCGACUUGAAGAAUGAGAAUGAUGACUGCAAUAGCACGGUUAAGACCAUACUGAAUUCUAAGAUUCCUCAAAAUUUGAUAUGGUGGCUUCCUUCAAAGUGUAGAGCAGAUGUUAAGAACCAGGCUCCAGGGUUCCUCCAGGUCUACAGCGAGUAUCCCUCAAAGGAAAUAUUUCUUAAUAUUAAAUACAAUGCUCGAAGUACGGAGGAGAUUAGAAAUUUGACAAGCCAUAAUGUGAAAGUGAACCUGUGGGUGGUGAACGAGCGCUGGCUUUUCUCAUUACUGUGGUGUGCAGGGGCCAGCUCAGUGACCACCAACACAUGCCACGUCUUCAAAGACAUGUCUCAGCCUGACUGGCAUCUGGCUCCUUAUGUGUACAGAAUUAUAUGGAUAACUGCUGAUGUGGUAUCAUUGCUGGUGAUGUUUAUCCUGUUUUUUAUCCAAGGGAAAGCAAGGAACCAGAUUUUUGUCCUGGAAUCAGAAAGGACUGUCCCACUUCUUAACUUCUAAGUAGUCCUAACACGGAAGAAAGUACGGAUUGAAUUACUGCUGUAAAUCAGACACACAACUGGGAUAAACGGUGCCAACAGGUGUCUUUCAAUUUACAGGUUUUAAUUUGUGACACAAUAACACGCUCACACAUUCAGUACAGAACAAAACAAAAAGAUUAAAUGUAGUUUUU